AAGCACCGCCGGGCAGCCCAGGGUGACAAAACAAACGCAGCAGCUGCACUGGGCUAAACACUGUGGAGGCUAAAGACUACAACCACAACGCAGGAGCCAAGUACAUUACCCGAGAUGGCAACAGCAAUAUACUUGGAGCAUUAUCUUGACAGUAUUGAAAACCUCCCAUGCGAGCUACAGAGGAACUUUACUUUGAUGCGGGAUCUGGACAGUCGGACUGAAGAAAAGAAAGGAGAGAUUGACAAACUGGCUGAAGAGUAUAUAGCAAACGUGAAGAACCUGGCUUCAGAGCAGCGAGUGGAACAUCUGCAGAAGAUUCAAAAUGCCUACAGCAAGUGCAAAGAGUUCAGUGAUGACAAAGUCCAGCUUGCAAUGCAGACAUAUGAAAUGGUCGACAAACACAUCCGUAGGCUGGAUGCCGAUCUGGCUCGAUUUGAGAAUGAGUUAAAGGAGAAACUGGAAUUGAGUGGCUAUGAAAGUACAGAUGGAAAAGGAUUAAAAAAGGGUGAAUUGCGUGGGCAGAGAGAGAAGCGUGGAUCUAGAGGUCGAGCAAGGAAAGGUUCUGAUGAAGAUUCUCCCAAAAAGAAAAAGAUAAAAAACUGUCCUGACCUGAGUGAAGCUAUCCUGCCUAUGCAACCGUCAGACGUGUUGGACAUGCCAGUGGAUCCCAAUGAACCCACAUACUGCCUGUGUCAUCAGGUGUCCUACGGAGAGAUGAUUGGCUGCGACAACCCAGAUUGUCCCAUUGAGUGGUUUCACUUUGCUUGUGUUGAUCUUGCCACAAAACCAAAAGGAAAAUGGUUUUGCCCGAGAUGCACUCAAGAUAGGAAGAAAAAAUGAGAUUUACUGUCAUAAAUACUUUUUAAAAAAAUGUCUGUAUUUUGGUGUUGUUAAAUAGUGUCAGUAUAUUUUAUAGUUUUUCUUUCUUCAUUUAAACGGUGACUCAUACAGCUUGGUUAAAAGGCCUAAUCCAGGAUUUGUUGUAAAGCUAGAUUUAUGGCAUCAUUAUUCCCACCAGACUGGCUUUUCUGUCAGUGUUAAUGAAUUUUAACACAGCUGUCUCUGUCUUUUAGCUCUAAAACUGUUUUAUUAUGUUUUAUUUGUGUGCUGUGGGUCUGUUCAGAAAGUCCCUCCUCAAUAGUAAUAAGCUGUAAAUAUAGUUAUGACUAAAACUUAAAAUCACAGCCUGUGGCUUAUAUACAUACUUGAAAUGUCAGUUUUUAUAAAGAAAUAUUUUUUUGUUUUUAUUAAAGAAAUUAAAAGCCUGCUGAAAAUUUACAUUUUAAUACCUAAAUCCUUACUGAAACGGUGAUGGGGAAAAGGAACUUUGUCAUUUUUAUUUUUUUUUUCUUCCUACCUCCUUAGGGUUUACGUCUGCACUGCAUAUAUGACUGCAAAGGAAGUUUUUUGAUUAGCUUAAACCAAACUGGCAAAUAAAUGUAAACUCAUUCUUUAUCAAAUUUCAACAAAAGCCUAUGACAUUUUUGAAUGUAUUGUAGUACCAAUGUUCAGUCGGUGACCUUGUCACAUGAUGAAUAAGGUAUUGAAGCACUUUGAAUGGAAUUGUUCCCCUGACGUUUGAUACUGCAGGCUAAGCUUUAAGAUCGUAUUUAAAAAUAGGCCAUAAAAAAAUCUUGUGUUUCCUGCUAGUUUUAUAGCUUGUGACCUAAGCAUGCCCCCAACCCAUACCUGUAUAAUCACAGGGGAAACAUUGGUAUUUCAUUUCAGAUCAUAUAUUGAAAUAUGUAUGUCUACAUGUGAAGAAAAAUAAUAAAUAUAUAUGUAACUUUUUUAAUUUGCAUAAUACAACAUUUUAUACAUAUAAGUUGUUCCAAAGAUAUGUUGUAUUGUUUAAUUACUGGUGUACACUGAUUUGAUAGAAUUUUAGUUCUUACUAUUUGACUGUGAAUAUCAGUCAUUUAGGUUGAAGCCACAAUUAUGAAACCCAAAGUCUAUGUAUUUUGUAAAAAAUCAGUAUUUUUUAACAAAUAAAAUUUCACUAUUAAUAAUGCAUUAUUUCUUUCAUUGUAGUUUAAAGUGGAACCUAUAUUUUGAAAGGAUGAGCAGUUCACAAAUAUUGGACAGGUUUUUUCAUGUCAUGUUAAAUUCUCGUUUAUCCUGAGUGGUGCCAGUUCUUGCCAGGUUGUGUCCUUGAUGAAGUUACUCAGGGUCAGGUGUUUCCAGCAUUACUGUUCAGAUUAACCUUGAACUUUGUUGUCGACUUCAGCUGCGUGAAACCUUCCUGUUACUAUACAGUAGGCUUGAAGAUUACAUUGUUGGAGAUUGGUAAAAAAAAUUGUUUCAAAAUCCAUCAUCAGACUCUUCAUCCCAACUGCACUU